AUCAACUCGGCGUCUAAAAUAGUAUAUAUAUGCUACUGUCAACUACUGUCUGUUAAGAAAGUACCUGCUUCGUGUUCUAUUGUUGUACGCAGACACAUAUUUCUUAAAUCCAGAGCAUUGACCAUCAGCAAAAAAAGAGGAACUUGAACUAUCAAAAAUAUUAGACAAAAGACGCUUUUGUUUUGUUUCAUGAGUUGGUGCGGAUAUACAAAUCUUUUAUCAUCCAGGCAAUUUUGUUAAUGGCACCGUCACGAAAAUCCAUCCAUAAAAUGAAUGGAACAUCGUAAUACGUAACCAGUCUUUUUCUGAUAAAUCGGGGUUUCCAGUGAAAGUUAUGACAAAGGCCAUAUUUUUAAUUUAUUGAACAAAUUUUAAUAAUUGUAAAUAAUAAGUAGUAAUUGUGAGUCAAGGGUUGAAGAUGAGGUUUUUAGCUGAAUUCAUACGCCUUGGUCCUGCCAUGUUCAUUUUCAUGGAAGUAUUAGAACUUCUCCUUGCCAAAUUUGUUUUCAUGGAUCUCAACAACGACGAAAUGGAUAUGGCAUAUGAAUUCAACAUUGACAGUUUUGACUAUAUUAUUGUGGGCGCUGGCUCGGCUGGUUGCCAACUGGCCAACCGACUUUCGGAAAAAUAUUCAGUUUUAUUACUUGAAGCUGGGGGCCUCCCAAGCCCCUACCUCAGCAUUCCCGUUUAUGGAUACCUUCUCAAUAAUCAAAAACCUGUGGAUUUUGCACAUCGAACAAUUCCUCAGCGAGAUGCUGCUUUCGGGCUUAACAAGAGGGUAUCUCACUGGCCUGGAGGGAGACAGCUUGGAGGCUCCUCGACAAUUAACGGACUAAUAUAUAUCCGAGGAAAUGUUCAAGGAUUUAACAAAAUCGCAGAGAAUCUUGGAGAUGAAAAAUGGAGACUUGAAAAUGUAUUGAAAUAUUACCACAAGAUUGAGGAUUAUUUUGGCUAUUUUGAGGAUGGAUCCCACGGAAAGGGUGGUGGGAUGGGUGUGGAGAAAGCUUACAUAAUGCCAUUUACAUCUCACUUGCUCGACUCUGGAUUGGAAUUAGGGUAUAAAAUUAGGGAUCCCAACAAUGGUCCAUACACGGAAGGGUUCGCCCCAAUGGACUUUUACACAAAAGGGGGACAACGAGCUGACGCAUUUACUGGCACGUUACUCAAAGUCAUGAAACGAGUGAAUUUGAUUGUUCGAAAAUUUGCUUAUGUGACCAAAGUUAUCAUCGUGGACGGACAAACGGUUGGCGUAGAGUAUGAGAGGCAUGGGAAGGCCUUUCGCGCCUUUGCAGAUAAAGAGGUAAUAUUGUGCGCUGGAACUAUUAAUACGCCACGAAUUUUAAUGUUGUCCGGUAUCGGGCCCCGGAAAGACCUGGAGCGACUAGGGAUCAAAGUUGUGGCUGAUCUUCCUGUGGGUCAAAAUUUGCAAGAUAAAUAUGGGGCCCUAAUGGGACCAUUUAUCGUGAAGGACGGCUAUUCAUUCAUUCGAGAACGAGAUAUCACGGUCCAAGUGAUCCUUCGGUGGUUAUUUACGGGAACGGGUCCGAUGGCUGCGGCGAGGACGGAGGCGACUCAUUCGUUUCUCACAAAUUUCUCCAGAGCUUUAGGGGACACUGUUGAACGAGAUGGUCUUGAUGUCCACACGUACGUCAUUUCCUCCUCCACUGAUGGCAGGACGGAACUGGACUAUGGAAAGUCAUUCAACUUUAAACAGUCGAGCUUGGACUAUUUUGGGUCAGCGCGAGGAAAGGAUUCAUUUCUUCAACUGGUCACCUUAGCACGACCGAAAGGAGUUGGCUAUGUUAAGCUGCGCGAUAGAAACCCACGAAGUCCGAUGUUGAUUGAUCCGAAAUAUUUGCAAAAUAAAGAAGACGUAAAAAUCCUGGUUGAAGGAAUGAAGUUUGCAGUCAAGUUAGUCGAAGAGACGAACGCGAUGAGAAAAAUUGAUGCACAUUUAAUGAAUAUUCCGUUUCCGGGUUGUGAAAAACACAGUUUUAAAAGUGAUCGAUAUUACGAGUGCUUAGCAAGGCACACCACGAUUACUGCGUACAAGUACAGCGGUACAGCUCCCGUCGGCAGGAUGGGUGACCCUGAAGCCGUUGUGGAUAAUCGUUUACGGGUGUUUGGAGUUCGAAAUCUUAGAAUUGUUGAUGCUUCAGUAUUACAAUUGAAAUAUACUUCUGUAAAUGACGCAACGAUGCGGAUGCUGGGUCAAUUUUCUUCAGACAUGAUUUUGGACGACUGGAAUAAUCCAGAUUUGGGACAAAAUCAAUACGCUUCUAAUUUAAUGAAUUUUACGCAAAAUAAUUAUGUAUGAUGCAGAGAAACACAAAAUGUUUA